AUGGGUCUUGAAUCUACUUCCCAUCAUGGGGAGUCCGUCGCCCCAGCUCAGAAUUUGAAUACCGGCGACUCUUCCCCGAAUAGUGGUUUCCGGAAACCCAUGCAGCCAGCCGGGGUCGACACCCCAAUUCCACGUAUCACUCUGCGAUCCCUGGUCAUGGCCCUCUUCGUCUCUAUGGGUGGGCUGCUUUUCGGAUACGACACGGGUCAAAUCUCCGGCUUCCAGGAGAUGCCUAACUACCUGCAGCGCUAUGGUGAGGUCAUUAAAGGCAAAUGGGCCUUCUCCGAUACACGCUCCGGCUUGAUCGUUGGCCUGCUGUCUAUUGGUACCUUGAUCGGCGCCCUGGUCGGUGCCCCCGUCGCGGAUAUCCUGGGCCGCAAGUGGUCGAUCACGGUCUGGUGCGUGAUUCUCAACAUCGGCUUGAUUGUCCAAAUUACCUCGCCUGCUGGUCACUGGUGGCAAAUGGUCGUCGGCCGUUGGGUCACUGGCUUGGGUGUCGGCGGUUGUUCAUUACUGGUUCCCAUGUACCAGGGUGAGAGUGCCCCGCGUCACAUUCGCGGUGCCAUGAUCAGUUGCUACCAACUGUUUGUCACUCUCGGCAUCUUCUUGGCCUACUGCAUCAACUUGGGCACGCAUAAUCUCGACGGCACCGCCCAGUGGCGCAUCACUCUCGGUCUCACCUUUCUCUUUGCCGUGGUUCUCGGCGGAGGCAUGGUCUUCUUUCCCGAAAGCCCCCGGUACGAAUUCCGUCACGGCAAGGCCGAGAGUGCCCAGCGCACUUUGGCCAAACUGUACGGCGUCCCCGAGAACCAUGUCCGCAUUUUGGAGGAGAUGGCGGAGAUCCGUGAGCAAUUCGAAGCCGAAUCUGGUGACCAAAAGUGGCACGAGUUCAUCACUGCUCCUCGCAUGUUCUACCGCAUCCUCUUGGGUAUGGUCCUGCAAUCCCUGCAGCAGCUCACCGGUUCCAAUUACUUCUUCUACUAUGGAACUACCAUUUUUGAAGGUGCCGGCCUGUCCGACAGUUUCAUCACCCAGUGUAUCCUUGGCGCGGUCAACUUCGGUACUACCUUCGGUGGCCUCUACGUGGUGGAGAACUUUGGACGUCGCAAGUCGCUCAUUUUCGGUGCCGCUUGGAUGUUCGUGUGCUUUAUGAUCUUCGCCUCGCUGGGCCACUUCAUGCUGGACCAUGAAGUGCCCCAGAACACCCCGGGUGCCGGUAAAGGCAUGAUCGUGGUGGCAUGCCUGUUCAUCGCGGCAUAUGCCAUGACAUGGGGUCCCAUGGUGUGGGCUAUCGUUGCAGAGCUCUUCCCGUCCAAAUACCGUGCCAAGGGUAUGGCUCUGGCCACCGCCUCGAACUGGGCGUGGAACUUCCUCAUCAGUUUCUUCACUACAUUUAUCACCAGCGCCAUCGACUUUGCCUAUGGAUACGUCUUUGCGGGCUGUCUCUUUGUGGCUGCGCUGGUUGUGUACUUCUUCGUGAUUGAAGGCAAGGGCCGCACUCUGGAAGAGCUCGACUACAUGUACGUCAACAAGGUUGCUCCCUGGAAGAGCAGCGACUACGAGCUCCCGCAGCGCCAGGAGUGGGCCGCCGACGAAAGCCCAUCUGGGCGUAAGGAGGAAGAGAUGUAUCAUGCUGAGAACGCAUGA